UUUUUGUGCAUUGAUACCGGUGCAUGUCAGUUUCUCUUGCAUCGGUACCGUUAUCUUGUGGCGACGUCGCUCUCAGUACUGAAUCGUCUGUCUGUACGUCGAUAACAGAUAAGUGUGUUAUGUUAGUUAUUUGACUAGCGUCUCAAGUGGGUCGUUCUCGUAGCUCUAUCUUGCUUUAUCAGUAGAAUUUCCGGAACGGCAUCUUCACUGUAUCUGGGGACCAAGAUGAUUUCCGCCCGAGCCCUUCACUACGUCUUCAAAAUCGGAAAUCGGGCUAAAAAUGCCCACUUUUUCCGAGACAUUCUCGGCAUGCAGGUGCUUCGUCAUGAGGAAUUCACCCAGGGCUGUGACGCUGCUUGUAAUGGUCCGUACGAUAACCGUUGGAGCAAAACCAUGAUCGGCUACGGUCCGGAAUCGACCCACUUUGUCAUCGAGUUGACUUACAACUACGGUGUAAAGGAGUACAGUCUGGGAAACGAUUUUGGGGGUAUCACCGUCAAAUCGUCGGAUGUGGUCGAUCGAGCCACCAAGAACAAUUAUCCCAUGGUCAAGGAGAACGAUCACUUCCUGCUGGUGUCCCCGGAUGGUUACAAGUUCUUUGUGAUCAACGAGAAGCAUGAUCCGGCCGAGGACCCGGUGAAGAAGGUUACGCUGAAUGUGACCGAUCUGGAGCGAUCGGUCAAGUACUGGCACGGAACACUGGAAAUGAAGCAACUUGCGAAAAGUGACAAGUGCGCGCAGUUGACCUACAAAGGGAACGGAUUUGUUCUGGAAUUGAAUAAGAUUGACGAUCCUCUGGAUCGCGCCAAAGCUUAUGGUCGGAUUGCCUUUGCCGUUCCAUUUGAUCUUCAGCCGAAGAUCGAUGAAGUGAUCAAGGCCAGCAAUGGGACCAUUUUGACGCCGUUGAUUUCGUUGGACACUCCAGGCAAGGCCACGGUCCGUGUCAUUAUUUUGGCUGAUCCGGAUGGACACGAGAUUUGCUUCGUGGACGAUGAAGGUUUCACCCAGUUGUCCCAAGUGGACCCGGAGAGCAACGGUCAGCUGGAUAAGUAUAUUAAAAAGGACCCAUUCCAGGAGCAAUGAGUUACUUAAUUUCUUAAAGAAUCUGAUGAUAUUAAAAGUAUUUUAUUAUUCAUAUAAA